ACGAAAGCUGGUUGAGAUGCUGAAAUCUAACAAGCAGUUAAUUUUUACCAAUCACUCAAAUUUCUUAAAUGCAAAUUGUUAGUUUGUCUUCCUGGCUUCAAUGGGUGUAUUUUCUCUUCUGAUUAUACUUAUAUUUUAUCUUUUAAUAUCAUCUGCAGUAUGCCAAGUUCAAGAGUUCAUCAGCAUAGACUGUGGAGGAAGUGGUAAUUACACUGAUAAAAGCACAGGGUUGGCAUGGAUUUCAGACUAUGGGAUUAUGAACCAUGGCACUCCAGUGGAAGUAGAAGGUCCGAAUGGAAACAGGAUACAGUAUCAGAAACGCAGAGACUUUCCCAUAGACAACAGGAAAUACUGUUACACGCUAAACACCGAGGAGAGAAGAAGAUACCUGGUGCGAGCAACGUUUCAGUAUGGAAAUUUGAAAAGUGGAGACACAUACCCUCAGUUUCAGCUCUACUUGGAUGCAACCAAAUGGGCUACUGUGUCAAUAUACGAUGCCUCAAGAAUUUAUGUGAAGGAAAUGAUUAUCAGGGCACCUUCAAACUCUAUUGAUGUGUGCAUGUGUUGUGCUACCACUGGUUCACCAUUCAUUUCAACUCUAGAGCUAAGGCCCUUGAAUCAAUCUAUGUAUGCUACGGAUUUUGAAGACGAUUUCUUCUUAAAAGUUGCUGCAAGAAUCAAUUUUGGUGCUUCUAGUGAGGAUGCUAUCAGGUAUCCUGAUGACCCCUAUGAUAGAAUUUGGGAAUCAGAUCUUGUUAAAAGGCAAAACUAUCUUGUUGGAGUGGCCCCAGGCACAGAAAGGAUUAAUACAACAAAGAACAUAGAGAUAGGAACAAGAGAAUACCCACCUGUUAAAGUUAUGCAAACUGCAGUUGUUGGCACAAAAGGGUUACUCAGCUACAGAAUUAAUCUGGAAGACUUCCCUGCCAAUGCUCGAGCUUAUGCAUUUUUCGCAGAGAUUGAAGAUCUGGGUAAGAAUGAGACCCGAAAAUUCAAAUUGGAGCAACCCUUUAUUCCUGACUAUAGCAAUGCAGUGGUUAACAUUGCUGAGAAUGCCAAUGGAAGCUGCACUCUUUAUGAGCCUAGUUACAUGAAUGUGACUCUGGAUUUUGUUCUGUCAUUCUCCUUUGUUAAGACCCGGGAUUCUACUCGAGGGCCACUUCUGAAUGCAAUGGAAAUAAGCAAAUACCAACGGAUUGCUUUAAAGACUGACAGGCAAGAUUUGACUGUUGUAAAUGAAUUUUCCUCCAUGUCCGUAGAAAGUGUCCAGAAGAACGAAGGUGAUCCUUGUGUUCCAACUCCCUGGGAGUGGGUAAAUUGUAGUGCUGCCACGCUUCCAAGAAUCACAAAAAUAAACCUGUCAAGAAGGAAUGUUACGGGCACAAUCCCGUCUGACAUUAACAACAUGGAAGAAUUGACGGAGUUGUGGUUGGAUGGAAACUUGAUUACAGGGUCACUGCCUGACAUAGGCAAUCUUAUCCAUCUAAAGAUUGUGCAUCUAGAGAACAACCAAUUGAGUGGUCCAUUACCUUCUUACCUGGGUAGUUUGCCAAGCUUAGAAGCACUGUUCAUACAAAAUAACUCGUUUACUGGGGAAAUACCAGCAGGAUUAGUAUCUGGAAAAAUCAUUUUCAACUAUGAUGGUAAUCCUGGACUGCAUAGAGGGACCAAGAAACACUUCAAGUUGAUACUGGGAAGUUCAAUAGGAGUUCUUGUGAUUCUAUUGAUAUUAUUUUUAGGAAGUUUGAUGCUAAUGCAUAAUCUUCGAAGGGCAUCUCAACAUAAAUGUAAUGAAAAUGGUAUCUCUGGACGCAGUAUAACUAAACCUAUAGGUCCAUACUCACUUGUUCGGGGAGGGAGUCUAAUGGAUGAAGGUAUUGCAUGCUACAUUGGGCUCUCACACUUGAAAGAAGCUACUAACGAUUUUGCAAAGAAAAUCGGCAAAGGAAGCUUCGGAUCUGUCUACUAUGGAAAAAUGAAAGAUGGAAAAGAAGUGGCUGUUAAAAUUAUGAGUGAUUCAUCCACCUAUGGGAACCAUCAAUUUGUGACUGAGGUUGCCCUUCUGUCCCGAAUUCAUCACAGAAACUUGGUUCCUUUGAUUGGAUAUUGUGAAGAAGAAUGUCAGCGAAUUCUGGUUUACGAGUAUAUGCACAAUGGCACCUUGCGCGAUCACAUUCAUGAUUCUGCUAAGAAGAAAAACUUGGACUGGUUAAGUCGUCUUCGUAUAGCAGAAGAUGCAGCCAAAGGUCUUGAAUACUUACAUACAGGAUGCAAUCCGAGUAUCAUACACCGAGACGUGAAGACCAGCAAUAUUCUCCUAGACAUCAACAUGAGAGCAAAAGUGUCAGAUUUUGGACUCUCAAGAUUAGCUGAAGAAGAUUUAACUCAUAUAUCAAGUAUUGCAAGGGGAACUGUAGGCUACUUGGAUCCUGAGUACUAUGCGACUCAGCAAUUGACAGAGAAGAGUGACGUAUACAGCUUUGGAGUUGUACUUUUUGAACUGAUCGCCGGAAGAAAGCCUGUGUCAUCAGAAGAUUACGGUGCCGAAAUGAAUAUUGUUCACUGGGCAAGAUCCUUAAUACGCAAAGGCGAUGUGAUGAGUAUCAUGGAUCCUUGUUUAGUAGGGAACGUGAAAAUGGAAUCGAUUUGGAGGGUUGCUGAAAUCGCGAUGCAAUGCGUUGAACAACACGGGGCGUGCAGGCCGAGGAUGCAAGAGAUCAUACUGGCAAUACAAGAAGCAGUCAAAAUUGAGAAAGGAACAAACAGCGAUAUGAAAUUAUCAUCCUCAGGUAGUUCGAAGGCUCAAACUUCGAGAAAAACUCUACUCACAAGCUUCCUUGAAAUUGAGACCCCUGACUUGUCUAAUGGUUGCCUCCCUACCGCAAGGUAAUUAGAAUGUAGUUUUUGGUCUGGGUUUGUGAAUAUCUUCUGAAAGAAUGUUUAUGAGAAUGAUGAAUGAUACACUUGCAUAUGCCUACACGAUAGUAACUGUGGAGAGGAUAAUGAUGAGAAAUAACAACGUCUACAAAUUUCAGUGUUUUCUGAAUUGACA